UAAGGUUGUGAGCGGCAGGUGGGUCACGUGAGUCAACCCGCCCCAAGUUUAGAACGCUUUUGUGUGAGCCUGUGAGGUAAGGGCAGCUGGGUGGGCAGGUGAGAGGCCAGGGCUGGUAAGUGGGCUGGCGACCUUUACCCGUAUUCUCGUACUCGGACCUCUCUCGUCUCGUCUCGUCAGUCGGAUCAUCAAUCAACGACGACCUGUCACGGCCACACCAUCCCCCUCAUAUACGCCCACAUCGAAUCGCAGCACAUCCACCGAGGAAUACGUUACAUUCUCGUGCAGAAUACAGCCCAACAUGCAGUCCCCCGCUGCGGCACGGAGGGUCUUCAGCAUGCUGGCAUCCAAGAUCCACCCGCAACUCCCGCUGUCUCCUCGCGAAAGCCAGCAACUCCUCAAUCUUCUUACCACCUCCUUCCGAGCCCAUCUCGACCGUGAGCACCCAGUGAGUCGCUCAGAAGGCGGUCAGAACCAGAAGUUGCUCCCAGCUCCCCCUCGAGGCUUGCGGAAUGCGCCAUCGAGUCAUCCUGUUACGUCGCAGGGCUCUACUCAUGAACACAUCGACUCGAUCCUUUCCAAUCCGUUGUUUGCUUCCAGGCCACGAAGGACAUCGGAUUCCAAUAUUAGCGAUGCACGAGAAGUGCUCCAAGACCCAUUGGGCUGGUUCAUGGGCCUGGUAGCCAUGGGAAAUGCCGACAUAGCCAAGGCAGAUUUAUGCCUGUCUAUUCUCUACAAAGAACCGCUGGACUUGAGGAAUUUCAACUCGACACAUCCAGCUGCCAUAUCACGACCGGGGACAAAGAUCGCGGAAUGGUUGUGGGCUAGUGGGUCAGAUAAUUCAUUGGAAUUCUUCAGCAACACCCAACUCGUACGCCGUUUAGUACCACUCCUUAUUGCUGAGGGCCAAUCCUUCCGAUUGUGGCAAUGGCUUGAAUUUGUUCCUGCACGCGAUGUCUCAUAUACCAAAGAACAGGAGAAAAUAGUAGCCAUCUUCAAGCACAUUAUUACGAAGAACCUAAUGGCUGCCACAAUCGUCCAAAACCGUGGACUUGACGAAGCAUUCAUGGUCUUUGCGCGAGCAUUCAGAAUUUUAUCGACAUCAGAACAAGCCCACCAAGGACGCAUCCUGCGUCGUGCAGGAUCUAUGCUCACAGAUUACAUUAUUGCCAACCCAUCCUUACCCACGACAACUGCAUUCUACGAAUCAUUCAUGGAGUCAUCUAAGACAUGGGGUGGAGUCUGGUCACGAGGGAUCAACGCUAGUUUAUGGCUCUUCCAUCCCUCCAAGCGCAGCGCACAACCCGGUUUGGAAUUCUUAAAAGACCCAGCGGGAGCCACAUUGCGCAUGAAGAAGGCCACGAAGGAAAGAAGAGACUUCCUGGUGCAGCUUUGCCUAGGAGUCGCACGACAGUUACUCGCAGACAAGAACUACCAGGACGCCCAAUUCGUCCUGCACUUCUCCCGGGAGCACUUCCCCGAACUUCUUGGCGCCACAGGCGAGCAUGCAGCGGUCCGAAAGCGAGAGGGCGCACGACAGGCACUCGAAGAGCGGAAACGCAAGGAAACGGAGAAUCUGGCAAUGUUGGAUCGAGUGCUUCCUACAUGAGCCCUACGUCAACCUCCCCGGCGUUCAAUCGCAAUAAUGGGCAAUUUCUUUGUAUAUAGCUUCAUGACAUCACGAAUAUACCCCACAAACAUUUUAAACUUCGAAAAGUCUGACCGAAAGUACUUCCUAACUCUCGCACUUCUUCUAAGUCCUCUUAGUCGGUGAUUGUCAUCACGCAUUUCCCGAUUUGGCUCAGGGUCCUCCUUAGUCACGAUCGAUCUCCAACUCUGGCACUACUACGUAAUAUGAAGUCACAGGCAAGAUCGAAAGAUUGGUAAUGAUGUGUGUGUGAAC